UUCAGACAGUCACUAAUUUAGGUGAAAGUUAUUACUGAUUGUAUCUGUUGAUAUCUCACUUGUGCUGAAAUCAUCUCUGACUAUAAAAUCUCCUGCUGUAUGAUCAGUAUUGUAUUUUGUCAGCUACGAGGUUACAAGAAAAAUCUUUUCAGGCGAAGUUUUAUAGGAGUAUCAGAGAAUAAACUAACGAUAAAAUAUGAAUACAACAACGGCGGAAGCCGGAAAUUUUACACAGGAAUACUAUUAUGAAGAUGAGUGGGAAUUAAAACCAUUUGUAAAGGAAAGUUUUUUUAUCGCACUUGGCUGGCAAUGGAUAAAUGCAAUGCUGAUAAUAUCCUUGAAUACUGCAGUUAUUGUGACAAUCGUUCGCUACAAGAAAAAGUCAAGACUGUACUUCCUCCUCAUGAAUAUGGCCAUUGCAGAUUUGAUAACAGGAAUCGUCGACGCCUCGGUGAAUGCUACAGAAAGAACCUUGGGUAUGGGCGUGUUGAAUUAUUGGUGGUUCGGUGGAAAUUUCCUGUGCAAAUUGCAGCGUACAUUCAGCAAUAUAUCACUUUUGUCGUCAAAUUUUAUUCUCGCAGUAACUAGCAUAGACAGGGCUUUGGUAGUUGCCAAACCAAUGUUACAUUUCAAGAGAGGGAAUACGCUACAAAAGAUUCUGAUACUAUCUUGCUGGCUCCUUAGUUCUCUUCUUUCUUGCCCAAUGUUAAUGAUAUAUAAACAAGGUUAUUACGAUUUAUUAACUCCAGAAGGCGGUGUUCAAAAUGUACCUUUGUGUAGGGAAACUAUAACCGGAAUCGGCAGUUGGAAGAUAUUUUUCUACUUGCUGUUGAUCUUUAGUGUGCUCAUACCAUUGACUGUUAUUAUAAUUAGCUACACUAUACUAGUCUUGGCUAUAUAUAAACGUGCCAGAUCGCCGCCAAACAGUGUACGUGGUGUGAAUAACUUCAAUAUGUCGCUAGUAUUCAAUACAGCACUGCCUAGUUCAAAAGUAAGAAGUGUGAAACUGACCUUUGGAAUAGUUCUAAGUUUCAUCUUUGCAUGGACACCGUACUUUACAAUGCUGUAUAUGGUUAUAUUCGAAGGAUUUAAUGACCCAGUUGUGAUGGUGUUCAUACCUACAUAUUAUUUGAAUUGUUCAGUAAAUCCUAUAAUAUUCUUUGUGUUUCAUAGGCGUAUACGCAGAGCAAAAACUGUUGGUUCGUCAUCGUGUGGUUUAACAACUGAGACUACUGUUAACAGAUUGAGUAACAAUGACAUUUCUACAACAGUUAAAACUGUAGGAGAUACCGAAAUAUCACCAUUGAAACAAAGCACUAAUUGUUAAUCUACAUUUCUGUAGCUGUAUAUACAAACAUGAACAUUUGGUUUAUGCUAUAAGCAGCAAUGAAGAUCUUACAUUUCAAGCAUGUUGGCUAAAUAAACAUACACUUGUCUCCUGUUGUUUGCUUUAUCUAAUUAAAAUAGUUUCAAUUAUUUCAAGUUUACUUUAAGCAAACUAAGAAUACCUCUUCAAUCUGCCUAGAAUUAUUUAAUAUACAUUUACUGCAUACAAUGAAAACACUGCAAGCGAUAUUGGAGAAAUAAAGUUUUGAGUGUAAUGACUGCUUAAAGAUGAUGUGUGAAUGAUG